UUAGGGUUUGUGAUGUUCUUGCGAAGUGCUGCCGCUGGGCGCCCGGGUUGGUUCUCUGUAUGGGAGGGCAAAUGUGCUGCAAGCAAUGCCGCCCUGCCUCUGCGAGGCCAGCGCAAGAAUGCGAGAUUGAAGCUGCGGGCCUCGCGAGAUGUUGAUGUCUCGGUUCUUCGGUUCACACUCGGCAUUCCGGGAUUCGAUGAUUCGAAAUUGCCACGCAUUCUAGGAUUCACAUUUGGAGGCUUGAUCGUUGUCAAUCACAUCUUUAGUCAGCUUGUUCCUCCGGCGCAGCUUAGAUCCGAAGGCGUGGGUCUCUUUUUAUCUGUUGUCGCAGUGCUUCUUCCAUCUCUUAGAAAGCUGGAGCUAGAUGGACAAUCCUCGAGAGCUGGAAGCUUGCCUUCCGACUUGAGCCAAGUUUUUGUCAUGGCCGAGUGGCUUACCGAUGCUCAAAAACAGGAGCUAGCUUGGGUUUCGUAUGCGCUCAUCCGGAACACAAAAACAAUCGCAGUGAUAGCUUUUCACGGAGACGAAAUCGUCCUUGCUCGGGGCUGCUGGAAUCUACCACGCGUCGACAACGGCGAUCCAGAAACACCUUUGAAAAUCCUCCAGGCCUUGCUUCGUUCGUUUUUACAAGAGCUCAAAAGCAAAAGAACAAUCUACGUCCCUUCUGGUGCUGGUGAUUCUGGCUUGAGUUUCAUACCAAAGGGGCUCAACUCUCUACUCGCACAGUCCUUUCCUUCCAGAGACGGUGGACUCCUCCUUGUUUCAGACGUCCCAAGAGCUUACAACGUGAAAGACCGGACUUGGAUCCAAUGCCUUGCGGAAAAGAUAUCCUUUCACCUAUGAAAUAUCCUUUUUCCAAUUCAAGCUAGGUCUUGACUCUUGAGCGAUGAAUCCAGAGGAGCGCUCAACAAAUAAGCUGCAGAAGUCGAGCGAGAGAAUCAAAGAGAUGAAGAAAGCAAUGGCAGAAUCCGAGGAGAUGGGGGCUUCAAUCCUGCAGCAGCUCCAUUCGCAGAGAGAUCAGCUGCUUCAUGCCAAGAACAAGACCAUGGAAAUGAACGAAAACCUGAAGAAAAGCGACAAAGUCCUUGGGUCCAUGGAAAAAAGAAACAAGUGGGAAGUGCUGAGUUUCUUUUUCCCGUGAGAAGAUGGACCAAGCUCUCUUUAUUUGUAAGAGAAAACCAAUGGUAUGCGUUUCGUUAUGAAUACAGCGUGGUUGAUGGUCAACCGCUUGCCACCA